UGCUCUUUUAGGUAUAUGGAUAUUUUUUGUACUCUUUAUCAAGUGUUAUUGAUUUUUCAUUCAAAUUUUAAUAUAAUUAAUAUUUUUGAAAAUAGUAGGUAUGAACAGGCAACUGCACCUCAGAGCCCUAUGAUUAGGCCUCCUGCACCAUCCAGUUCUGUGAUAGGUCCAUCCCCACAGCAGGAUCCUACACCAUACCAGUCACAUCGUUAUCCUAGCCAACCAAUGGCUACAAGAGAAAACAUACCUCCACAGCAGAUUGGUUCAUACCAAGGACGUCCUCCUGUAGGUCCUUCUCAAUAUCCUGGUCCUAAUACUCAAACAUCUGGUCAAUCUCCUUACCCUGCAGCUCAGCCUGAAUCUUACAGAAACCCUGAAUUUCAGCCUCAGAUGUCACGUUUGCAGUCGACUCUUAUUCAGAGGCUUCUACCUAAGAACCAAACAACUCAAAAUUAUCCUUCAUCUCAGCAAGCUAUGUAUGGUCAGAAUAUGCCACCUCCAAAUAAAGUAGCUCCACCUAGUAGUAUACCUGGAAAUUUAUAUCAACGUGAUAUGUAUGGUAUGGGCCCUAAGCGUCAUGGGGAUUACUCUAAAACGCAUGGUCCAGUUCAAGAUCAGUAUCAUAUGGGCAAUUACCCUCAACAGCAAUCUCAGGGACCAUAUACAGAUCGUAGUCAGUACCCAUACCGUCCCUCUCAUAGUGUUCCCCCACCCACACCUGGUGGGCCUCCUCAACAAGGAUGGCCACGAGAUAACCGGCAAUACUCAUCUGGGCAAAAUCAAUAUCCACCUAACCAGAGAGAGAAUUGGGAGAUCUCAAGGCAUGGAGAAAAUGCACCUCAGCCAGGAGGCCCUGGUUGGUCUAGAUAUGGUGGUCCACAGUCAGAGCCAUAUCCUCAUCAUAUGGGUCCAUCAAUGGGGCCGAAAAUGAUCAAUCGUGGCUAUGUUACCCCAAAUAAAAUGGCUCCUCAUAGUGGAGUUGGACCCCCACCUCAAUAUUCUACACCUUCUCAAAGAAAGGAAGUUAUUUUCCCUCCUGAUGCUGUUGAAGCUGUAACACCCCUAAUCACCAAACGGCGCAGGCUUCUUGCUAAAGACAUUAUUCCAAUUGAUGCUUGGAGAAUUAUGAUGGCCCUGAAAUCUGGACUUUUAGGGGAGAGUACGUGGGCUUUGGAUGUGCUAACUAUUCUAGUUCAUGAUGAUGCUACCGUCCUAUAUUUUGGACUUAGUCAUCUUCCAGGGCUAUUAGAAGUUCUGAUGGAUCACUACAGAAGAUGUCUUAACCUUAUAUUUGAUUUAGUGGGAGAUUUAGAAGUAGGUUUUAUGCAAGGUUUUGCUGAUGGAGCAACCAAAGAGCGCAGCAAAAAGUGGUAUGAACUCGAUUGUGAUCUGCCAGAGUCUGAUUCCACAGGAAUAUCUACUUCAGAUACUUUAAGUGAUGAUAAAACAAUGCUUCUAGACUCUGUUAACUAUACCUAUAAAACACGGUGUAAAAAGUUAGUGAGGACUCAAGAGGAAGAAGCAUUGUUUCUUUUUGAUCCCGAUAAAAAGUGGGAUGUACACGAGGGCUUCAUCAGUGGCAGCAGCCAUUGGCAACAUGGUGGGGGAGAAUAUACAGGCUAUAUACAAACGCAUUUCGAGAACACUGAAAGACGUGUUCGCUUUGUUAGAGUCAUGAAGAGCUCUGUAAAAAAUAAAUCCAAAGACUGUGAAGCAAUUACUGCUAUACAGAAAGACUCAAAGAAGCUUAAAGACAAUAUUAACUGUUGUAAAAAAGAAUCUAUCGAAGAAGAAGAUACUGAAGAGGAAGAAAGUAAUGUAACUCCUGUAAAUUCACCAAAACCCUGUACUAAUGAGAAUAAUUCUGAAACAAAAGUGCAGAAAAGUGUAGAAUCUAAACUUAAAGAAAGUGAGAAAGAUGCAAUGAUUGUAGAUAGUGAUUCUUUGUCAAAUAAACCAAUUGAAAACUGUGAUGGACUGCCAACAAAAGAAAGUGAAAAUCUGAACUCAAAUAUAAAUUUAAAAAGUGAGACCGAAGUUAAUCAAGAAAAACCAGUUGAGGAGGAGCCUAAAAGUGAUUUUCCUAAGAUACGACCUGUUUCGCCAACUCGUAAACGUCGAGCCGUAGAAGAUCUAGAAGACGAGUCGUAUAAUAGAGAUGAACCUUCCUUGUGUACUACCAGUGAUGCUCAAGAUUCUUUAGCUCGCCGGUGCAUUUCAGUAUCGUCCAUUCUAAGGAACCUCUCUUUUGUGCCUGGAAAUGACACUGAAAUGUCUAAGCAUGCCGGUUUCUUACUUGUAAUGGGAAGACUACUUCUUUUGCAUCAUGUGCAUUCUCCUCGUAAACCACCCCAACGUCAUUACGACCGUGAAGAAGAAAGUGAAAACUCUUCAGUUGCAGAUUCUUGCAGCAGCUUAAAUAGUGAACAUGAGUGGUGGUGGGAUAUGUUGCACAUCAUACGAGAAAACACUUUAGUCACUCUAGCAAACAUUGCUGGUCAACUUGACUUGGCUCCUUUUCCUGAAGAGAUUAGCUUCCCAAUACUUGAUGGUCUAAUGCACUGGGUCACUUGUCCUUCCUCAUAUGCCCAAGAUCCACUCCCAACCCAGCCAUCACACUCCGUCCUUUCACCACAGCGUCUCUCUCUUGAAGCUCUGAGCAAGUUAUCUGUUCUCGAAAGUAAUGUUGACUUAAUGAUGGCUACACCACCUUGGGAAAGAAUUGAUCGGUUUUUCUCCCUCCUUUCUAAAUGGUUAAGUAGAAAUGAAGAUCAAGUAUUACGAGAGUUUUCUGUUGUUUUAUUAUCCAAUUUGUCCCAAGCAGAUAGUAGUAUGGCAAGAGCCAUAGCCCUGCAAGGUACCUGCAUACCUCUUUUAAUAACGUUUGUGGAACAAGCAGAACAAAGUGCUUUGCAGGUCGCUAACGCACAGGGAAUCAAUGCUCUCAGGGAAAAUCCUGAGCUUAUGGGUACUACUUUGGACAUGGUUCGGCGUGCUGCUGGCACUCUCCGUUGUUUAGCUCGUGUUCCGAGCAAUAGAACUUUGUUUUUACAACAUCAACAAAGAUUACUGGCUCUUGUAAUGUCCCAGAUCCUCGAUCAAGGAGUAGCAUCUAUUAUUGCAGAUGUUCUGUUCGAGUGUUCUCAAGAAUAUUCCGAUGAUGCACCUAGUUUAACGAAUGGUGAAAAAGUGUUAUCUCCUACAGCUGCAGAGACAGCAACAUAGUAACUAGCAUUAAGUUUUACAUUGCAUACAUUUUUAAUUAUAUGGAGAUAUCUCCUGCCAAUAGAAAUCCACCUGCAAGUUGGUCACACUCCAAGCAGACAUGCAAACAGUGUUUUGCAAAAAAUACAGAUGCCUUCUGACCAGCAACAGAGCAUGUUUUGUGAAUUUUACAUCUUGUUCUAGAGCCUUGCUUGGAAACUACAGCAGUGCAUCAUUGUCAAUAUUUAUUCAAAAAUUGAGCAGGAUUAUGUCUGUGUUUGUGUUAUGUCAUGUUCAGGUUCAUUAGGUUAUUUAGAGUCUCAUGCCAGAUACCUGCAAUUGCAGAGACUCGGAACUAGCUGGCACAAUGUCAUUCAUUGUAUACAGUCACGUAAGGAAGUUUCUUAUUAGUGAUUUAAAAAAUGUGUACGUAUGCUUGUGAAUGUUCAUCUUUGUACAGCUGCUACACAAUGCAUCAGCAAAGAAAAACUUUGUAGAUAUAUCACUGUAAUUUUAAUCCCCAUUACCUCAUGGUGGGUACAUCACUUGUGUUAUAUUAGGUAAAGACUAGUGAUCGAUUAUCCUUGUUUUCCACCCAAAAAGGACCUAAAUUUAGGAAGUGAAUGGCCAGCUUCGCAUGCUCGGUAAUUGUACAGCAUAGACAAAGCACAAGUAAUAAAAACCCUUGUCAAGAAAAUCCAUGGACGAGCCCAUGUUGUGACUUUUCAUCUUGAAUCUUUAUUACUGAAAAGCACUUUAGAACUCAAAUUUAUUAUAUUACAGCUGUUGGAACAGAUUUUCGGGUAACUUGUUCCAGAUACUGGCCAGUUCGCCUAGAUUGUUUUCAGCUGAUCUGAAACUGUUUAUAAGGGUUACAGUCCAGGAUUUCUGUCAGCUCUUUGAUAUUGGUAUAUUUAAGAGUGCAAGAGCUUUAUACUAUGUAUAUGUCUGAUGAUCAUCAUUGAAUAAAUGUACAGAAAAACUG